GAGGCAAUAUUUCUCAGAAGAGUGGAACUUUCUGGAAUGAGAUAAAAAGGCUGCAAAGCAAACUGUGUCUACAGAUCAGAGGAGUGAGUGGAACUUUCUUCUCAGAGAAUAACUUCAGAAAACCUUCAAAGAAGGAGCUCUUAUUUUCUUGGAGAAGAACUGUACAACUUUCAACCCUGAAAAGGCACCAUGGCUGAAGAACUGGACUACAAUGAUAUCCUACAUAAGCAUUCACAUCUCUUUUGGAGGUAUCCACUGAAGCUGGUCCAUGGAAUCCCCCUGAUGGAACCUAUUGCAGAUCAGUGGGAUCCCAUUGAAAACUUCCAGGCACGACCAGAUGACUUGAUCAUCUCAACUUACCCCAAAGCAGGUACCACAUGGAUGCAAGAAAUUGUUGAUCUGAUACAGAACAGAGAUGAUUUAAAAAAAGCAAAACGGGCACCCACGCACGUCCGGAUCCCAUUUCUAGAAAUCUGCUCUCCAUCUCCUAUACCUUCUGGAGUUGAUAAAUUGGUGACUGCUCCAUCUCCUCGUGUGAUCAAGACCCACCUCCCCUUCCAGCUCAUCCCUAAAACCUUUUGGGAAAAUAACUGCAAAAUGAUCUAUGUUGCUCGCAAUGCCAAGGAUAAUCUGGUCUCCUAUUACUUCUUUGACAAGAUGAACUUGACCCAGCCAGACCCAGGGUCCUGGGAAGAGUACAUUAAGAAAUUCAUGGAAGGCAAAGUUCCCUGGGGAUCUUGGUAUGACCAUGUGCGGCGUUACUGGGAUGAGAAAGAUAAUCAUCGUAUCCUCUAUGUCUUCUAUGAAGACAUGAAAAAAGAUUUAGCUCAUGAAGUCCACCGUGUAAAAGAUUUCCUGGAGAUUGACUUGCCUGAAGACAUUGUGCAGACGAUAGUGCAUGAGGCAACAUUUGAGAUCAUGAAGGACAAUCCCAUGGCAAAUUAUGAAACAGUACCCAGUAUCCUCUUUGACAGGUCAAAAAGCACCUUCAUGAGGAAAGGUACAGUUGGUGACUGGAAGAAUUAUUUUACAGUGGCUCAAAUGGAGGCAUUUGAUGCAGAUUACCAGCAGAAGAUGAAAGGGACAAGUUUACAUUUCCAGGAAGAAUGACAGACUCGGGAAAUGAUCCUCUUUGGGACUUUGUCAAGAAGCAACAUACAGUCCCCUGCACUGCACUGUUGUUGUAAUAAACGAGAUUGCUAUUAAAAAUGAGGAUGCA